AUGUCAUUCGAUCCAUUUGGAACUCACGCAACCAUUGUUGUCUUUGGUGCUUCUGGUGAUUUAGCCAAAAAGAAGACUUUCCCUGCCUUAUUUGGUUUAUUUAGAGAAGGUCAAUUGCCUCCCACUGUUAAAAUCAUUGGUUAUGCUAGAUCUAAAUUAGAAGAAGAUGAUUUUAAACAACGUAUUUCUGCUAAUUUUAAAAAGGGUACUCCCGAAAAAAUCGCUGAAUUCCUUAAAUUAACAAGUUAUAUCAGUGGUCCUUAUGAUACUGAUGAAGGAUAUUUAACAUUAAAUGAAUCAAUUGAAUCUUAUGAAGCAUCUCAUAAAUUAUCUACUCCAGAACGUUUGUUUUAUCUUGCAUUACCUCCUUCAGUUUUCACAGUUGUUGCAUCUCAAUUAAAAAAGAAUGUUUAUGCUGCUCAUGGUAAAACUAGAAUUAUCGUUGAAAAACCUUUUGGUCAUGAUUUGCAAUCUUCAAGAACUUUACAAAAAGAUUUAGCUCCGUUAUAUACUGAAGAUGAAUUAUAUAGAAUUGAUCAUUAUCUUGGUAAAGAAAUGGUUAAAAAUUUAUUGGUUUUAAGAUUUGGUAAUGAAUUCUUUAGUGGAACUUGGAAUAGUAAACAUAUUAAAUCCAUUCAAAUUUCAUUCAAAGAAGCCUUUGGUACUGAAGGUAGAGGUGGAUAUUUUGAUUCCAUUGGUAUAGUUAGAGAUGUGAUGCAAAAUCAUUUAUUACAAGUUUUAACUCUUUUAACUAUGGAAAGACCAGUUUCAUUUGAUCCAGAAGCUGUUCGUGAUGAAAAAGUUAAAGUUUUAAAAGCUUUUGAAGCUUUAGAUCCAAAAGAUAUUUUAUUAGGUCAAUAUACUAAAUCUGAAGAUGGUUCUAAACCAGGUUAUUUAGAUGAUGAUACUGUUAAACCAGAUUCAAAAUGUGUUACAUAUGCUGCUAUAGGUAUAAACAUUAGAAAUGAAAGAUGGGAUGGUGUUCCUAUUGUUAUGAGAGCUGGUAAAGCUUUAGAUGAAUCUAAAGUUGAAAUUAGAAUACAAUUUAAACCAGUUGCUAAAGGUAUAUUUAAAGAAAUUCAAAGAAAUGAUUUGGUUAUAAGAGUUCAACCAAAUGAAGCUAUAUAUCUUAAAAUAAACUCUAAAAUCCCAGGUAUUUCUACUGAAACUUCAUUAACUGAUUUAGAUUUAACUUAUGCUUCAAGAUAUUCUAAAGAUUUCUGGAUUCCAGAAGCUUAUGAAGCAUUGAUUAGAGAUUGUUACUUGGGUAAUCAUUCUAAUUUCGUUAGAGAUGAUGAAUUGGAUGUCUCAUGGAAAUUAUUCACUCCAUUAUUAGAAUAUAUCGAAUCAAAAGAAGGUCCAGUUCCAGAAUUAUAUCCUUAUGGUUCUAAAGGUCCACAAGCAUUAAGAAAAUUCUUAAAUGAUCAUGAUUAUAUCUUUUCCGAUGAAGGCACUUAUCAAUGGCCAUUAACUACUCCAAAUGUUAAGGGAAAAAUCUAA